AACGGUGCGCCAACUGGAGAUUUAGCGAGGGAGAGCGAGAGAGCAGAAACGGCAUCAAGAGUAAGAGGAAGCAGCGCAGCGUCAAAAUAAACAACGCUAGCUUGUGGGCGUGUGCGAAGGGAACUGGAAAAGCGCAGGAAGCGAUCCAACGAAGGUCCUCCUAUGUUCAUGCCAACGGGAGGGGGUGGGAAGGGAAACAGGCCACAGUCAACACACCAGCAGCAGAACAACCACCAGACCCAGCACCAGCACUCGCAUCCACCCCACCACCAUCACCAACAGCAGCAGCAGCAGAACCCUCAACAGCAGCAACAGUCGCAGGUGCAAUCCCCCCAGCAGCAGCAGCAACAGUCGCGCAUCUCGCUGCUACAGCAGCAGCAACAGGAUCAGCAGCAGCAGCCGCAGGCUGUGAUUGUGCCGCAGCCGAGCUCGGUUUCGGCUCUUAACACUCUCGCUGGUAUCCAUCACCAUCACCACUCGACACAGCAGCAGCAAGCACAACAGCAACAGCAGCAGCAACAACAGCAGUUGCAGCAGCAACAUCAUCUGCAGCAACAACCGAUCAUCUUCUACGCGACUCAGCCGCCACCGCAAUUGCCGGCCGCCUACGCUAGCCACGCCCAGCAGCAACAGCAGCAGCAGCAUUCAUCGUCGAGCAGCAGCAAUGGCAGCAACGGCGGCGCCGCUCUUCAAUUGAGUGGCGCCGCCAGCAACGCAACGCUGGGACACGCUGGACCCCAUGGCCACGCCCAUGCCCAUCACCAUCAUGCUGCGCCGCCUCCCCACGGUCCCCAUGGACCACAUGCCCAUGCACAUGCCAACGGGGUGCUUACGCCCGCCACGAGCAACACGAAUUUGGUGCGCGCGCUCAGCAACUCGACGUUGCCGCCGCACUUUACGCCAUCAGCUGGACUGAUUGCACCCGGAGCUGGGGCGAAUGGCGGCCAGGGGAGCACCACGUUCAUGACGGCCGCAUUUCUGCCCUUUAAUCAUCCCGGCCAAUUGAUUGGCGCCCCCUCAAUGGGCUUUCCCGCCAACGGCGCUGCAGCUGCCCCAGCAGCGGGCUUCUAUGCGGCAGCGCCGCCACCGCAAAAGCAACAGCUGGCCGCCGGGCAGCAGCCAGGAGGCGGGGCACAGCCCACUAUAACCUACUAUCACGGAACGUUGCCGCCAACAGCAGCACAGCUCAGUGCCAACAAUGGCAAUGCCAACGUCAGCGGCAGCAAUCCCAACAGCGGUUCACAGCGCGGCAGCAUGCGGGGCGGACAACGCUCGACGCCGCCACAGCAGCCCAGUUACUUUGCUCCCUAUGGCGCAGCAGCGCCCCCGCCGCGUCCCCAGCUGGUCAACAAUGCGGCGGCGGCUGCGGUGACGCCCAUCUUGAAUACCCGGAAUAAUGCCAUCAAUGGCGGAGCUGCAUUCCAUCUGCCGCCCGCUUAUUGUCCGCUUGGACCGCCGCCGAAUCUAACUGCGGCUCCUCAGUUGAUGGCAGCGCCAACCGGGGGCGGACCAACAGGAUUGCACACGUAUGCACCGCAUUUGCAGAGCAGCAGCGCCACCGCUGUGGGCGUUGGAGUGGGCGUGGGUGCCGUGCCGGGUGUGACGAGCAGCUUUUCGUCCACCUCGCUGAACACGGGCCAGCAGCUGUUGGCUGGCGGCGGCGGCGGCGUUGCUGAUAAGGUGAAGGAGCGUCGUCAUGCCAUACCGAUCAUACAUCCGGUGACGCAGGAGGAUAUCAUGGAUCCCAAAUCAUCGGUGUUUAACAAAAAGGAUUCCAACUGCACGCUCACCUCAUCCAGCACUGGCAGUGAUGCCAGCAUCGGUCACAAAUCAAGCCAGGAGGUUGCCAUCAAGGUGGACCAUCAAAUGCAAACCGAGGUGGCCAGCAAGUCUGCGAUCGUGUUCAGCGGUCAAGCGGCGGCUUCUACGACGCUGCCUUUGACGGACGAGGACAAGGUCAGCGUUAUAGUCAAGGACAUACUCGCCAACUCUGGCAAUCCCGAUGAGCACCUCAGCUUUCUGCAGUUCAAUGACGUGGAUAAUACAUCGGAGCACACUCCAGAGUCGUCGGGAGGCGGCAGCAUGGACAAUUAUUACAAUGAGAAUGCAGCAGGCAACUCGAUGAAGCCAGCAGCGCAUUUCCAGGAGUCUCAGAAGAGCAAAAUGCAACAGCGUCCCAAGUCGGCCAACAAGCAAAGCACCGCAACGCCAACGUCGAUAGCAACGGCUGUUGCUGAGGCAGUCGCUGGCGUCGGAAUAUUGGGCGACAUUCAAAGAGCAACAAUGCAUCACCAGCAGCAGCAACAGUCUGCGAAAUCGAGCACAGCAGAGCUGUGUCCAGUGAGUCCCUCAAAGGGACAAAAGCAGCAACAGCAGCAGAAGCCAAUUGUUCAGAAGCAGACACAGCAGCAACAACAACAACAGCAGCAACAUCAGCUGCAAUCACACUCACAGCAGCCUUCGACUUCUUCUUCGUCGACAGCAUCGACGCCCACACAUCAGCCCAGGCUGCAGCCUCAAAUGAGAGCAACAAUUGGGGGCAUUAAGGCUGGAGCAGCUGCCACGCCAUCAGCAGUUGCAGCAACAGAUAUGGCUGCAGGGGCGACCAACACAUUGAGCAAGAAGAAUCAGCGCAAGGCGCAGAAACGCAAGGAGCUGGAGAAAAAGAAGCAAAAAACAACUGGACCGCCGACAACAACAGCGUCUUCAAUGUCCACAGCUAGUGGGAGCAGCAGCAGCACUUUGACAGCCAGCAGCAGCAGCAACAUGAAUGCCAAAACGAAUGCCAAGGGCAGCAGCAACACUGCAACAACAGGAGCAGCUGCAACAAGUGGCGCCGAGACCAGUCUCAUAUUUGUGACAACAACUAAAACGACAAGUGGCGUCGCAAUUGCGAUGCCCACGACGACUGAUAAGCUUAGUGCAACUAGUAAUAACUCUAGCUUAAGUUUUAGCCUAAGAGACAAGCAACAACCCAAGGAACAGCAGCAGCCACACGAUACAGAGCUAAAUUUUGAUAGCAAGGAAGAGAAAAAGCAUCUGGCUAACGAGGAGAUUGUGGCCAAGUUUUUGCUAAAGAGCUGCGACGAUGAACAACCCAGUCUAGUGGAACCUCAGCUGGAAUUCCUCAACAGCAGCAGUUCCGUCUGCGAGGAGGAUUCCUCAAACACCAGUGAAAAGUGCAUAGAGAAAGAGUCAAGUCAGACCGAAGAACACAAUGUGGAUGAGCUCAAGUUUGGCGACUUUAGCGAAGAGGUGCCCACGCAUCACUCGAGCUUCAUCUGCAGCUCGACUUGGUCCAGUUCGCAGCCCCCAGCCGAAGCGCCCAAGUCUGUGGAUAAUGUGGACUGUGCACCCAAGCGGCAUUCGGUGACAGAGUUGCCCAACAGCAACAUUAGCUCGAAGAAGAGUUCGCCAGUGCAUCAGGCAGAGAAGCAGGAAAAGGUCACUCAACCGAAGGUCAGCAAAGUGGCAGCCAAGAGCGCAACUGCUGCCACGCCCAAGUUUAUACGCUACAACAUUGAGCAGCUGCGUGAGCUGUCCAAGCUCAGCGAUUCCCGCAAGCCGCCGUUGGUGCCCUGCCAAAAGGGCGACUGCAUUGCGCAGCUGUUUGUGUCGCGCCAAUCGCAGCAGCAGCAACAGCAUCAUCAUGGCCACAAUCAGCAUGGACAGCAGUAUCAACAGCACACACACGAUGCCAUGGAUUACAUGUCGGGCAAGCGAGGACGCGGUCAUGGUGGCCAUGGAUUGAACAAGAAGCAUCACGAUAACUAUCAGUCGAUGGGCGGCGGCAACGCGAGUGGCAACAGCGCCAGUGGCGGCGGAGGCAUGGGAGGACAGUCGAAUCAACGCUACAUGGACAUAAUUCGUGUGCAGUUGUCGCUCAAGGAGGAAAUUAAGUUGUCCGAGUGCGAGAAUGCCUGGCAACCGGAGACGUUGCGUCGCAUGUCGAUGUUCAGUGCACCAACAGCUGCUGCUGCCACAGAAGCGGACAAGGAGAACGAAUUGGAGGCGGUGCUGAAGAAAGUGCGCGGCAUUCUUAACAAACUGACGCCCGACAACUUUGAGGUGCUGCUCAAGGAGAUGUCCAGCAUCAAGAUGGACACGCAAAGCAAGAUGACAAAUGUAAUGCUGCUGAUCUUCGAGAAAACAAUCAGCGAACCCAACUUUGCGCCCACAUAUGCGCGCUUCUGCAAAGUGCUGUUCCACGAAAUCAAGGCGGAGAACAAGUCGCUCUUCACCAGCUCGUUGAUUACACGCAUUCAGCACGAGUUCGAGUCGAAUGUGAAUGAUGCCAAUGCCAAGGCAAAGAAGUUGCAACCGACACAGGAUCGCAUUAAUGCCUGCUCUGAUGCCACCAAGAAGGCAGAGCUGCGUGCUGAAAUGGAGGACUUGGAGUAUCAGUUUCGACGUCGUGCCUGGGGCACAGUGCGUUUCAUUGGCGAACUGUUUAAGCUACAAUCGCUGACCAGCGAUCGAGUAUUACACUGCGUUGAAUCGCUGCUCGAACAUGGCUGUGAGGAGAAGUUGGAGUACAUGUGCAAGCUGCUGACCACAGUGGGACAUCUGCUGGAAGCUGGCUCAUCGGAGCAGUAUCAAUCGGGUGGACGCAUCGAGAAGAUCUUUCGUCGCAUCCAGGACAUUGUUCAGCGUUCGCGGGGCAACAACAGCUCGUAUCGCCAGCAUCAGCAGAACAUCAAGAUCAGCAGUCGCGUACGUUUCAUGAUGCAAGAUGUGUUGGACUUGCGUGCACGCAACUGGGAUCAGCCUGCAGGCGCCACACACACAACUGGCGGCAGUCGUCAGCAGCAGCAACAGCGACACAAACAGCUCGACGAGCCAAAGGCACAACAGCAGCAGCAGCAACGUGGCGGACAUCAGCAGCAACAGGGCGGCUAUCAGUACCAACAGCAGCAACAGAAGCAGCAGCAUCAUCAUCACGGCCACGAUGGCGGUGGGAACUAUUUCCUGCAGAAGCUGAACAAGUCACAUCAGCAGGAGAAUCAAUCGCUGAGUAUUGAUCCAACCAAACUGCGCUUCAGCAGCAGCAACAACGAUGAUGUCACCGCCAAGCUGGGCAACUCCUCCCAUUACCAAUGGCGUAACGUUGGCAAUCGUCCGGUGAGUGCAGCAGCAGUCACAACGCAGCCCAGUCUGCUGAAGCGCAUGCCAUCGGCAAGCUCGACAAACACUUUCUCGUAUCCGCCGUAUCAGCAGCAGUCACAAACACCGCCAGCUGUUGCCACGCCCAUUCUCAGUCGGUCAAACAGCAGCACAAACAACAACAAUGCCGAGAAUAGUCCCAGUGAAGUGAGCUUUGAUGAUAAGCAGUGUCAGGAGGUGAUUACCAAGCUGGUCGAUGAAGUGGUCAGCACUCGCGGUUGGCAGAAUGAAGUGCUAAGCAUUUGGCGCAGUUUGGUGGCCAAGCAACCCGAAGCCGAGGCUGUCAUACUCUAUGUGCUGAUGGACUAUGUGCACCGGGGAACAGUGAAGCGACAGCAGCGUCUCGCUUGCGCCAAUGCCUUUGGCUAUUUGAUGGAUCAGCAGGCACUCGAUAUGGCCACCUUUAACCAAGCCUACAAUCGCUUCGGGGAAGGCUUUCCUGAUCUGCUCGUUGAUGUGCCCAAUGGCUGGACGUAUGUCUUUGAGUUUCUCGGUCCCAUCAUGCACGACGGUCACUUGGAGCUGAAGGAUGUGUGGCAGCGUCGCUGGCUGGACGAUUCAAAGUGCACGCUGUUCUUUGUGCGCUCCUUUGUCAGCUACUUUGUGCAAGAGUUUGGUGCCGGCUACGCACACAAGCUCUGGCAUGUGGAUAACCAGCUGGAUCGUGGCCAGAUGUUUUGGAGCGAUGCACGCAAAUUCCGGGACUUCUUGCAGGCGAAUAGCUUUCAGUUCCUCGAGCCAAAUGGCACGGGAACAGCUGCGGGACUGCAGCAACGCUCGAAGGUGACGCGCACUCCGGGCGAGCAUGUGGAAAGGAUUAGCUAUCUGCUGAGCUUGUCCAGUGACACGGCCAUCGAUUACAUUAACACGAAUGUGCAUAUUAAUGCCAAUUUUGUGCGACAACUUACCAAAUUCCUCUGCUGUGAUUUCGCUUUAACUAACAACAAUAACAAUAAUAACAACAAAGGUGGCGUGACGCCGCAAUUGCAACUGAAUGUGGAGACAUUCCGGAUGCAGUGCACGCCCCUGCUCAGGCUGUGCAUCGAUGCCCAGGAGGCACACGAAGUGGCCUGCAUCGAUGAGACGGUCGAGUCGCUGCGAGAGCAUCAUCUGGUCGAGAUCGAGGACGAGCUGGCCGCUGGCGAGGCCAUCUGCAGUGCACUUGGCGUUCUCUAUGACUGUGAGGUGAUCUCAAGGGACUCGUUCGACAAGUGGAUCAAGCGGGAGAUCGAGAAGCCAGCGAACUGGAGUCGACCGCUGAUGACCAAACUGCGCGCGUUAAUCGAGGAAAUGUAAAAAAGCCGCCUCCCACAACAAAAAUUUCAUGGAAGAGGCAUCAACAGCAUCAUCAAGAAAAAAAGGAAAAUGGAAAAAAAAGCAACACCCACAACAGUUACAGGCAAACAGCAAAGAAACAGAAACAACAUCUCAACAACGAAGCAAAAAUCUCAAGCUCAAUCUCAACACACGUAUAUAUGUGUAUAUAUAUGUGUGUGUAUGUCGUCGUCGAUCUAUAUAGGAUGUAUAUAUACAUGUAUACCUGUUCGACAUUUUGAUCCAUUCUCAGACCACGCGCGGUCGUAUACACACACAACGGAGUAGCAAACACAUCACAAUCACUCCCCCUCAAUCACAUACACACAGAAACAAACGCUACUCCAAACUCGGCAGAAAACAGCAACAUCCAUUAUAAUGAAUCUGCAAUAAAACAAUUAUAAAGGCAACAAUUGCCAGGCAAAAAAAAAACACAAAUAUUUAAAAGGAAAAUCGACAAAAAAAAAAACAGAA